GCCGGCCCGCCCCCGCCUCCCGCGGCUGGCCCCCACCUCCCGCCGUCGUCCGCCUCCCGCCGCCUCCGCCCCCGCCUCCCGCCGCCUCCGCCUGCCUGUGGGCCCUACCCAGAGGGCACGGGUGGGAAACGAGGAGGAGGAGCCGCGGGAGCCCCUUAACCGAGGAGCGGUUUCCUUCGCGUCGGCGUCGACAAGGUAGAGCGCGGAGAUGUACACCGGAACAUGUCGAAAGCGGGAGCUGCAGCCAGAGCCUUCAUCAGCUAGUUUGCAAGGUCACACCUCACAAGAUGAGCAAUGUUUGCAAGUGAUGGGACAUUUCAUGCUUGACAGGCUUCCAGAGGAUAUUGUUGAUAACUUAUUUUCCUACUUACCUAUUGAAGAUGCUGCCCGUGCUGCCUGUGUCUCUCGUCGAUAUCUACGUUCCUGGAGACGGUAUCCCAGGCUUUUAUUCAAUAACAAAACCGUAGGUUAUGAUAAGCUCAGCAUGCAUUUGGAUGAGGACACACGAGCUUUGGAAGAUGAACAAUAUAGACAAGAUAAAAUAGAAAGCCAUUUCGUCAAUAAAAUUAACCAUGUUCUUGAAAACCAUUCUGGCUUUGGGAUGAAGGUGCUCAUACUUCAACUGUACCCUUGUGCAAAUAUUGAUGCAUCAUAUUUUGAUAAAUGGCUUCGAAUUGCUGUCAAACCUGGGAUUGAAGAGCUUGCAUUGGAGAUGGCUGUAUUUAAUAAGAGGGCAGACUAUAACUUCCCGAUUUUUCUUUUAUCUAAUGAGAUAGGAGGAGCAACACUGGAAUCUCUUCGCCUUACUUCAUGCGCAUUUCAUCCUACCGCAAGUCUUGGUUGCAAUAGAAGCUUGACAAGCAUUUAUCUGUCCUUUGUCCGCAUUACCGGAGAGGAACUCGGGCAGUUUGUUUCCAAUUGUUUCGCUUUAGCACGGUUGUCAAUUUAUAAGUGCAAUGAUUUAAUUUGCUUUAAAGCACCAUGUGUGUUGCAUCACCUUAAUCAUUUCCAUGUGACACAAUGUAAAAUGCUGCAAGUAAUAGAGAUUAGGGCUCCAAAGCUCUCCACUUUUGACUGUGGGGAUAACCUAAUGCAAAUUUCUCUAGGAGCAGAAGUCAAACACAUACGGAUGAUAGGUAGUAAACCAAACACACUCUGUCAUGCUCGUGCCGAGAUUCCUUGCUUUAUGCCAGCAGUUGAAAGACUUACUGUGGAAUCGAUUUGUGAGAAGGUCAAGACUCCAAUAAUGUCUAGCAAGUUCCUCCUUCUCAAGUACUUGGACAUUUUUCUUGUGGAUGUACAACUCUACCGCCAGGAUUACUUCAGUUUGGUUUCUUUCCUGGAAGCCUCUCCUGCCUUGGAGACUUUCAUGCUGCGUGUAGAAACCGGUUAUGUGCUGAGAAGUGAUUCAGUUCUUAAAGAUCUUGACAAGGAUCAAUUGCAUUUGAGGCAGAUGCCAGAAUGCUUGCAUUACAAUCUGAAGAACGUGAUGAUGACUGGAUUUAGCUCUGCAAAGAGCCUGAUUGAAUUAACAAGCCACAUUGUUCGCAAUGCAUCAGCACUUGUGUGCAUGACACUGGACACUGCAUGGGGUUGUGGCAGGAGGACUACAAAGACCGACAAGUGCGAGCAUAUGUCGAAGGAAGGGCUGAUGGAGGCACAGAGAGCUCUUGAGGCUGUGAACAGAUGCAUUGAGGGGAUUGUGCCCUCAUCAACAAAUUUCAAGGCAUUGGAACCGUGCUGCCAGUGCGGGGGCUAAGGAUUAUCUUCCAAGAUUUGUCGUAUAUUAUUUGGUUAUUUGGAUCCAGUGUUUAAGAUCCCAUAGUGUAAUGACACUGCCAUUUGCCUGAAGGCUUGUGUUAUGACGUUUUUGUUCAGUUCUGCGUAAAGAAUGUGUACACUGGCUUAAGCUGUGCUGUUAGGUAUGAUACAACUGUCUACUGCUGAAUUGUUGAUCUGUUUGAAGUAUUGAGAUUGAUCCUUGCGUUGAAA